UGUGGUCCAGACUGUUAAUGUUCCACCAAAAUACCUUUUUCUUUUCUUUCAGGACACACACCAAUAUUACAUUUCCCACUUUGUAAUUGAAUUUGGCCAUGUUCUCAUUGACAGAAUUAGAGCCAAAGUGCAUGUGCUAUUUCCUGGUUUAGGUCUUAAAAUGUUAUUACUUCUUUCUGUUCCUGCCAGCUGAAACCCAAGCCAACACACCCUAAUGCAACGUCAAGGCUCUGAGCAUGUUGGAAUAACACCAUGGAAGAAAGUGAAGUCCUGGAUGACUAUAUGGAGUAAAACUGUGCUCUGACUUGGCCUACCCACCUCAGAUCUAUUGUGUAAGAGAGAAAUAAAUCCUUUGUUCUUUAAGCCACAGUAUUGUUGGAGAUAACACUUCCUUGUACUUGCAACAACUCCCUUAGAAAAAUAAAUCCAUGUCAAAUCCAUUUGGGAAACUUUGGGAUUUCACAGACCAGUGAAAUGUCAACAUAUUUGGGACCAAAAAAAGUAUGCCACUUUCUGGCAGUGACGCCCUCCCCAGGACAAUAUGCCUCUCGCUAAGUAUCUCCUCCAUCCCCCUCCAGAAGAGGAGAAGAGGAAACACAAGAAGUGCCUGGUGCAGAGCCCCAAUUCCUAUUUCAUGGAUGUAAAAUGCCCAGGAUGCUAUAAAAUCACCACCAUCUUUAGCCAUGCACCAACGGUAGUUUUGUGUGUUGGUUGCUCCAUGGUUCUCUGUCAGCCAACAGGAGGAAAAGCAAGGCUUACAGAAGAACGCUCCUUCAGAAGGAAGCAGCACCAAAAGUACCUCAAAUCAAGAUGAGUGGGAAACCAUCCCAAUAAACACAUUUUGGAUUUUAAAAAAGUAUGCCAAUUUUUCAUUUGUCCAAAUAAGGACAUCUAGAGAAAGAAAACAAUUACCAGCCUUAGCUGCUCUGGGUCAAUGGACAGAGCUUUGGCCUGCGGACUGAAGGAUCUCAGGUUUGAUUUCGACC